AUGGCCGCGGCUCCCCUGCGCUGGGCUUCCAAGCCCGUCGAGGUCCAUUGUGACAUGGGUGAAGCCUUCGGCAACUGGACGAUGGUAUUUCGCCCCCUCCUCCCGAUCUCUGCCCAGCGUCUAGGCCCUCCAACGACCAAACGGCUAACGUCGAGAGACGAUGUGGCCUGCCCCCCCGUGCCCAAACAAAAGGGUGUCGACGAAGCCAUCAUGCCGCACAUCACUUCCUGCUCCAUCGCUUGCGGCUUCCACGCCGGCGACCCCGUGGUCAUGUACAGGACGGUCAAGGCAGCCCAGCGCCACGAGAUGAAGAUGGACCCCCUCGAGUGCGAGAAGAUGGUCAUCUACCAGAUUGGGGCGCUCAAGGCGUUUCUUGAUAUUGAGGGCCUUGAUCUGUCUCACGUCAGUCCCCACGGAGCCCUCUACGGCGUCAUGGCCAAGGACAAGGCCAUCUGCGAAGCCGUGUGCCACGCCGUCCGGCACUUCACAACCCACGACGGCGCGCCCGUGCCCCUGAUCGGCGCGUCCAACACGCUCAUGGAGACGACCGCCGCCGACCUGGGCAUCCCCUUUGUCCAGGAAGUCAUCGCCGACCUCGAGUACGACGAGAACGGCGACUGCAUCAUCCCGCGAACGCACGACGCCGUCGACCCCGAGGCAGUGCGGGUGCGCCUGGCUCAUGCCUUGCGCAGCGGCACCAUCGAGGGCAGGGAUACGAAGGAGGGGAAGCACAAGAAGCACGUGGUCGACUUGAAGCUGAGCUCGGCGCCGCUGAGCCUGUGCGUUCACAGCGACACGCCCGGCGCGGCUCAGGUGGCCGGCGUGACCAGGGACGUGGUGGAUGACUUUAACGAAGAGCACUUCGCGUAG